UCUCACCGGCUUGAAAUGGUGAGAAUUCUAAGCGACUGAACACCGAGUCUAAAACGUGUCAAAAUCUCGAGCUUUCUCGCGGUACGUGUCCUAUGUGAAAUAAAAUGGCCGACAACAUCAUCAAAGUGUAGCGAAGUUUCAAUCAUUUAAUCUUUGGUGCGGCUGGUGCGCAUUGUUAUAGACGGAUAAACUCAGCACAGGUUGAUGCAACUAUGGAUGCCUUGAUCAGUGUUGUGCAGUCCAAAGUAGCUGAACCUGGCGACUUGCAGUGUUUAGACUGUGUCUCAGGAACCUUGGUACCAGACCUGAGCAAUGGCAAAUAUGCAUUUGCACUGGUGCACUGUCCGGCCGUUGGCACGCAGGGCCUGUUCGUCUACCGCUGUCAGCUGCCAGUCAAGGACUCCAGUGACUUAACAUUAUCGAAAGUCAUUGCCAUCACAAGCGAGUUUCAGUACGUCAUCGGUACACCAACAGUGGACCAGUCUAUCCUGCAAGUCAAGAUCAACUCACCCGACUCGGCCUUGGUCAUCGAGGUUCCCUUCGAACCCAAAUCCUCCAACUUCUUCAUGAAUAUCAAAAAGUGCGCCAACGUGUGUAUUGAGAGGAUGAAACAGAGCAUAGCGCCACAGUUCCAAUGGCUGGACAAGUACAAAGCCCAGCUAAUGGCAGCGCUGGGUUCCCCAAAGGAUCCAUUUGAACCGGCGACCUUCUACGAAACCAUACCGGCUUCUACUCCAGCCCAAACCAGUCAAUCGUCUUUCGGCGAUGCUUUCGUCGAUCUGGAUCCGUUCGCCGAUCUAGCGAGUAGCCGCAUACCUCACAGGACUAGCGAGUACGUGAGCUCGGCGGACCGAAACUCAGAACUCUUGACCGGGGGUUCGGACCCGGCGUUGCGAAACUCGAACUCUGCCAACACACUACCCGCUAUGUCCAGUCAGAACAGUUACGUCAAUUGCCCGAAGGAUCCCGGAUUUCUCGUGGAUUUCGAGGGGAAUAUUUUAACGCGGCCGGCUUACGUUCAUCCAGCACCGCCAAAGGAUGAUUCCUCGGGCAGUCCGUGGAGGCAGAGCGACAGUCUGUCAGACUCCAACAGAAUAUCAUCCUCAUCAAGUUCGAGUUCCGAGUCCAAAACUCUGGGCUCUUUGCGCGGCUUUGAGGAUGACUUCAGCGACAUCAGAGUGUCGACGUUGAAGCCAACUGGUACCCAGUACGAGAACGCCUCCAUGGCCUCCAUCACAACGUCCAGCUCCACCGGUUCCUUUGAAUCGUUCACGGACCAGUCCUCAAAAUCUUCUACUCUCAUCCCGGAAGAUGACACGGACCUGGCUGGCUACGCAACCAUCAAACCGGUCUUCAAACCCGCCGGCAUCCGACCCGAGAUCCUGAAAAGGCGAGAAGCCGAGUACACCUUUCCCCACAACUUCCGCGUCUUUGUUGGGACGUGGAACGUGAACGGCCAGACGGCGUCGGAGGAUCUGGGUCCCUGGCUCAACGUGGAUGAGAAACAGGCAGACAUCUAUGCCAUCGGGUUCCAGGAGCUAGACCUGAGCAAGGAGGCGUUCUUGUUCAACGAUUCGGUUAGGGAGGACGAGUGGAACAAGGCUAUAGAGAAGACGUUGAGCCGGGUCGGUGCCUACAUCCAGGUCAAGCUGAUUCGGUUGGUCGGAAUGAUGCUACUGGUCUUUGCCAAGGAGAGGCACGCCCCUUUUAUCCAAAACGUCAUCGCCGACACUGUGGGCACGGGCAUCAUGGGUAAAAUGGGUAAUAAAGGAGGCGUGGCGGUGAGGUUCGAUUUCCACAACACGUCCUUCUGCUUCGUCAACUCUCAUCUGGCAGCUCACAUGGAAGAAUUCGAACGAAGGAACCAGGAUUACAGUGACAUCUGCAGCAGGAUGAAGUUCGAGCUUGCUUCGCAUCGGCAGCCGUUAUCCAUCAGAAAAGGCCACGAGGUCAUCAUAUGGAUGGGUGAUCUCAACUAUCGCAUCAGUGACCUGUCCGUCGACGUCGUGAAGGUUCAUAUUGACAGCGGAAACUUCAAAGGGCUCAUGGAGUAUGACCAACUGUACAGACAACUUAGGAUAGAAAAAGUAUUCAAAGGAUUUAAGGAGGGAGCGAUCACGUUCAAACCGACCUACAAGUACGACCCUGGCACCGACAAUUGGGACACGAGUGAGAAGCAGAGAGUUCCUGCCUGGUGUGAUCGCAUCCUGUACCUGGGAUCCAACAUCAAGCAACUCGUCUACCGCAGCCACCACAAGUGCAAACUCAGCGACCAUAAGCCAGUUAGCAGCCUCUUCGAUAUCACGGUGAAAGUUGUUGACGAGAAGAAGUUCAAGCAGGUGGUUGAGGAAGAGAUCCGCAAACUUGACCGGCAAGAGAACGACGCGCUACCCCAGGUGGCCCUCAGCCUCAACCAUUUGGAGUUUAAGGACGUGCGUUACAUGGAACCCCAGACACUGACGUUGGACGUGGCCAACGUCGGUCAGGUCAACACGGUGGCCAAGUUUGUCAACAAACUGGAGGACAAGCACUUCUGUAAAGAUUGGCUGAAGGUGGAACCCGUCGAAGUAUUCAUGAUGCCAGCGGACACGAUGGAACUUUCACUCACAGUACAAGUAGACAAGAACACAGCAGCUGCUCUGAACUCAGGGGAAGAUACGUUGGAGGACAUUCUGGUCUUCCACCUGGACAACGGCAAAGAUUAUUACAUCACAGUCAGUGGGAACUACACCCCUAGCAGCUUCGGUGCGUCCAUUGAGGCGUUAGUCCAGAUGCAUGGCGUGAUCGGUGAGAUGUCUCCCGAGGAGAUCAAGAAAUUGGAGGCGGGGACUAGGGGGGAGGAAGCCCGGGGGGCCGACACCUUCGAGAGGUUCGACAUUCCUAAGGAGAUCUGGAUGCUGGUGGAUCAUCUCUUCCGGAACGCGACCAAAACGGAGAAUCUGUUCAGCGAGGAAGGCUUGCACAAAGACGUCCUGACCAUCAGGGAUAGCCUGGAUAUUGGCAUGCCGGAGGAAAUGCCUGGUAACGUGCAUUCUGUUGCUGAGACCCUUCUCAUGUUCCUGGAGUCGCUGAGGGAACCAGUCAUUCCGUACGAGUACUACAACAAGUGCCUAGAAUGCGCCAACAACUUCACACUGUGUAAACAAGUUUUAAGUCAAAUUCCAAGAAGCCAUCGUAACGUCUUCAAGUAUCUUGCAGCGUUCAUCCGGGAACUUCUAAUGUUCAGCGAUGAGAAUAAACUAGACACAAAGACACUGGCUACUGUAUUUGGCGAAAUCUUCCUGAGAGCGCCCCCUAGUGAGCGCGAAGCAAGCCUGGGUCGAGGCCGGGCCCACAUGCAGCAGAUAUCGCGCAAGAAAGCCACGUUUGUCUAUCAGUUCAUCAUCAACGAAUAUGACGAGUGAUGAGUCGGGUUCUAAACAGCUCGUUCCUGGAAAAUAACCUUCUGUAGACUGGCACAAAUGAAAUUCAAAAACUUUAUUGCACACUGUCCAUGGAAGUACUGGACAAAUGAAAAGUUUGUCCAUAAUUUUCUUACGUCGCUCGAAUUCACAGGGAAAUCCUCGUUAGUCAAGUUGUCCAAAACAUGCAUGAUUUUCUGAAGUAAAAACGUACAGUGUAGUGAAAUCGCCAUAGUUUGCCAGAUAUUUCAAGGGAGAAAACGGAAAGAGUAAAUCUUUUUGUUUGGCUUUUUUUGAUGGAAUGAUUUCUUGGAAUCAGUAACCAGGGUGAAAAAAAAUGGAAAUUAGCCAACUCAGAUAUCAAUUUCGUGUGACCAAUCACAAUACUUGAGGAGCUUUCACCAUUCAGCCAGCUCUUCUGGAAGUUUAGCUGAGUCCGAAUCAUUCUGCUACUG